UGUUUGUUUAACUCUGUGUUUAUCAGUUCAUUCAAAGUCCGAUUAGAAAGACGAAUGACAGGAGAGAGAGAUCUCAACACUAGUUAUCAAUUAAUUUUACUAUUAGUUUGAGAUGUGAUCUUAUGUUUAGUUGUGUUGGAAUGUCUGUCCAAUAAUAGUCGUGUCGACUCUACUGCUGAUUGACUCUUGACUUUUAAUAUUAUAAAUUUAUCUCAUAAUUUACUAUUGCAUUCGUUUCGCAAAACAAACUUUAAUUAGAGUUGAACAUCAAGAUGAAUGGUAUGCCAAUGACAAUGGACCCGACUAUGGAUAUGCCAACCACUGAUUCCAGUGGUGGCGGAGGUAUGGAUAUGGAUAUGGGUAUGAAGAUGUACUUCCACACCGGAUACGAGAAAAUGGUUUUGUUUGAGAAAUGGGUUGCUACUACUGAUGGAGCAAUGUUUGGCGUCUGUGUCUUCUUCUUCGUACUGGCCGUAGUGUACGAGUCCUUAAAGUACUACCGACAGGUCCACUCAGCCAAAGCUCUAUCCCUACUCGGAGGUCAUGUCCACGAAGAGAACGGAACGGCAGCUUCGAGUACGACUACUCAAGACUCGGGCCCAUCAGCAGCUGACAAGUAUGAGAGACCCCUCACAACAACCCGGGACAGGAUUGUGAGGCCCGCUAUUAAACGGCUAUCAGUCGCACAUCUGUGGCAAACAUUUCUACAUAUACUCCAAGUGUUCAUAUCAUAUCUGCUUAUGUUAGCGGUUAUGACAUUCAAUGUGUGGAUAUGUCUGUCCAUUAUAUUAGGCGCAGGAGUUGGCUAUUUUCUGGUCGGAUCACAAAAACCCAACACAUAUUCAGCCUUUGAAGAUCACUGUCACUGAAUAAUUGACAGUCAAUGGACACGUCUUACAAACUAUUUAUAUUUAUACGGUUUUUCAUCGCAUAUCAAAUCUAUUUGAAAGUGAUUUUUAUAGACUUUAUUUAAAUGCUAUAAAUAUAUUUGCGAAUUA